AAAAUCCAGUAUUCGAAAAGUUUCUUUUUUCAAUAUACAAUGAAAAGAGAGGUUGCGUUUGAAAAUUCUGGAAGUGUCGUCUGAAUUGGCGCUAAAACUCGAAAAGGAUCAUUCCGACGUAGACCGUACCUAUUUUUAUACACCGCAUAAGUGACAUGGCUGCCGUCGUCUUACAUUUACCACACGGUUGAAAAUGUCGAAAAAAGUGCCGUAGCAAUCGCCGAAAAGCGGCGUAAUGUGUGCAAUUUGUGCGAAAACGACGUGUCGUUCGUUUUUGUGUUACUUGUACCAAGUUAUAUAACAUUUAUCAACUCGUCGGACUAACUCCUAAUUUUUUUAUUACACCCCAAAAAAGAAAAUCUUAAUCACGAAGGAUUUAUAAAAUAAUAAGCAAAAUGGUUGUUGGAGACGCAAAUAUUAAUAAUAUUAUGGGCGGAAUUGCCAAUACGGGCGUUCGAUUGCACAGCUAUAAAAGAAAAUUGAAACAACGGUUCGAUAUAAUCAAAAAAUUAGGCCAAGGUACGUACGGAAAAGUUCAAUUGGGUAUAAACAAGGAAACCGGACAAGAAGUUGCAAUAAAAACCAUCAAGAAAUCAAAAAUUGAAACUGAAGCUGAUUUAAUCAGAAUCAGAAGAGAAAUUCAAAUAAUGUCUUCUGUUAGACAUCCAAAUAUUGUUCAUAUUUAUGAAGUAUUUGAAAAUAGAGAAAAGAUGGUUCUCGUGAUGGAAUACGCCGCGGGUGGUGAACUUUACGAUUAUUUAUCAGAAAGAAAAGUGCUUGCGGAGGAGGAAGCACGGAGAAUCUUCCGACAAAUAGCGAUAGCUUGCUAUUACUGCCACAAACACAAAAUUUGUCAUCGAGAUUUAAAACUCGAAAACAUCUUAUUAGACGAAAACGGAAACGCCAAAAUUGCUGAUUUUGGUUUAUCAAACGUCUUCGAUGACACGCGAUUAUUAUCGACAUUUUGCGGCUCUCCACUUUACGCCUCUCCUGAAAUUGUUAAAGGGACGCCUUACCACGGACCGGAAGUCGACUGUUGGUCACUUGGUGUUCUUCUUUACACGCUAGUUUACGGUGCUAUGCCUUUUGAUGGGAGUAAUUUUAAACGAUUAGUCAAACAAAUUUCUCAAGGAGAUUAUUUUGAACCUAAAAAACCUAGUCCUGCUUCACCACUUAUAAAAGAUAUGUUAACGGUGAACCCAAAAUAUCGCGCCGAUAUCUCGGAUAUAUGUUCCCAUUGGUGGGUGAAUACGGGUUACGAUGAAUCUGCAUUAGAAAUAUCAGAGUAUUUAGCGAAUCAAACCCCCGUUCGACUCGAUUAUUUGUUAUCGUUGGCACCACCCCCACCGCAAUUAGAAAGCGAUAAACUCGUUGUAACCGGUGAUGUAGUUCCAGAUGAAAAUGUUAAUAAAUUGGAAAGUGUAGCACCGCCGGCUAGAUCUCAAUCAGUUGGUAGUUUAAUGGAAUUAUCACAUCCGGCUGAAAAGCGUAUAAAAGAUUUACUUUCCGAACAACAACAAGCGACAACACCAUCAACAACAACGCCUAAACGUAAAUUGGAAUUAUUAUCAUCGAGCACAGAUCAGAUUAAUCAAGCGAAUCGGAAAGAUAAAAUUAUUAAAGAGAAUACGAUUGCUGAUAUUUCAGUGCAUGCGACUAUUCAUGAACAUGCUCAAGAAGAAGACGCAAAUAAAGCGUGUGAACCCGCGCCGUUAGAUAAAAGUCGAACUCAAACGCUAUCGAAAGAAAUGGAUGUCGAACAAUUUGAGGAAUCGGAACAAGGAGCUGCGUGUGCUGAAAUACUCCUCGAAGAAAAAGAAGCGAAAAAGAAUGUGGAUGUUAAAAAGCAGUUAAAAACCACUAAAACCGGUUCGAGUUUGGUUCCUACAAAAUUAGAAGAAAUCAACGAAAAUCCGAGUCAAGAAAAUUUAUGUGAUAAAGAAAAUGUUAUUCAAAAGAAACCGGAUGAGGUACAAAAAGAAGAAAAAAUUAAAGAAAAUAAAACGCAAGAGAAUGAAGAUGAAAAAUUAAAAGAUAAAUCACCAAGCAAGAAAGUUAAAAAAAUUUUAACAGAUAAAGAUGACAAUCGUAUUGAAAGUGUUAAAAAAGAAGAGAUUAAAGAAAAACUUGAAGAAAAGGAAAUAAAAGAUGAUGAGGGUAGUAAAAAAGAAGAUGUUGAAAAUAAACCAUUAGAACGACGAAGAUCUAGAAUAUACGAGCAAGCGGAAAAGUUCCAAAAUUUAAUUGCUGCCAACGAAAGUAAAACAAACAUACCGGAAAAACCGAAGAAAGUUAUUUUACCUGGGGUUAAUGUUGAUGGUUAUAAGAAACAAUUUGAAAGAAAAUGUAGCUUAACGUCGACCUCACCUCCGAAAGUCGCUAAGUGUAGCAUACCAAAACGAAUUAGUAUCGAUAAGCAACAAAGCGCGGAUAAAGAAAAAAGUCCGGAAGAAAAAAUCCAAAUCGACGAGAAAAAGAAAGAAGAAGUUAAAAAAGAUGUAAAAAGAAAAACUCAAUUAAAAAAUGCCGUAAAUGUAAUUUCAAACGCUUUAGAAAAAGAAGGUACUAGAAAAUCAAAAUCUCGUCCCUGUAUAAGAAAACCCCCCGUACCUUUCGGUGUUGGUGGAAGAUCAGCUUCCGGUAGUAUUGGAAUGAUAUCAACUCCUCUUUCGCCGGAAGAAACACAAAAACAAUUAAAAUUACAAAUUAGCCCCAAUAACGAUACCCGAAUGGCCACAGUUCAAGUUUCCACUCCAGAGCAUAUAAAAUAUGAACCCGCUUUAGAGGAUAAUAAAACGUCGUCCGCGGAAAUAACAUUAAAAUCGGCUACGUUACCGCGUAGAAAAACAACUAAAGCUGAGAUUCAUUUGAAUUAUCCACAACCGAAGCCGGCGACGAUGGAAUUUAAGACUGAAAUGGCGCAUAGGAUUGAAGCGCCGCAGAAAUUAACCACGCAAAGAAGUGAGGCUGUGUUCCCAGUGGUUGCAGCUCCUAAUUUAACGCAACGAUCCGCUAGCGUUGAACCGGACACUAAUAAAUCAAAACCAAAAGAACGCAUUAUUCCGAUUGCUAUUGAAAAACAAGAUGAUAAGAAGCAAAAUGUUACUGUUACGUCUCCGGGUGCUAAUGUUAAACCACCAAUUACUGCAGUUGGAGCUAAUAAAGGGUUACAAAAUCAAAAAUCUUAUCAAUCACAAAGAUCGAGUAGUUUAUCAAGACAAUCAACUCAAGAAUCAGAUUCGGAAAAUACUGUAUCAGGUGCCGGAGAACCAAUUCGUAAAUCACCAAGGGAAUAUAUUAUUCCAAUUGCAGUUGAAGGUGGUGGAUAUGUAACACCCCGAGCUGGAAGUCUAGAACCAAGCGAAACAGGAAGUACAACUAGCACUAUUACUAAUAGCAGUAGAAGGUCGAAGUUCCCAAGAAGUGCGGCUCGUAGAAUGAAUUCCUUGUUGAGUGAUCGCGAUGGAUCGGAAGAUGAAUCGCCGUUUGCUAUUCAUCGACAUAGUUCGUUUGGAAGGGAUAGUGAUACAGAAGAAUCAAGAAAAGAUACUUUCCCGAUGCAUAGAUUAAGGAGUUCAAGACCAAGAAAAUCAAAUUUGGAACAUACAGAUUCAAUGAGUUCUGGAGAAGAUGAUGACGAUGAUGGUUUUGAUAUUUUAACAGCAGAAAAUUUGUUUUCAACACUUUUAUCUCGGGUAAAAGAUUUGACUCAACGAAUAAACGUGGAUGAUCGGCCUGGAUUUCCUAGCAGUCGUUUAUUAAGCAUUAGUCGUUUGGAUCCUUUCUCCAGCACUCGUUGCACGAUUACGUAUCGGAAAGAAACGAGAACAGUGACAACGACACCGUUUGGGCGUACAUUAAGCCAAGAACGUACAACUUCCGGUUCGAAUCAUUCUCCAAGACCGACAAUUGGUGGGGGUGCCCCAUGGAGGCGUAGCGUAAGCAGAGAUCUUGCCUCGGACAUCGAAAGCGUUUUUAAUGACAAUCAAACUCCCACACAAGCAGCCACGUUACCGAGAGGAGAUAAUAAGCCAACCCAACAAGACAACCUUAAUUUAUCAGACCUCAACUUGAAACAAUUAAAAUUAUCUGAAGAAGAUGCGAUAGCUUUGUCGUAUUUAACACCAGGACUUUCAAGACGUAUACAGAAACAAUUAUUGGCACAACUUCCUCCGUCGGAAGCAAAAAAAUUAACACGAACUAUGUCGAUGAGAAAUUCGAGGGAAAAGACACCAAUCGAGGAAACAAAGAGUUUGUGUUCAGUACCAAGACGUUAUUCAAUCGAAAGUAACAAUAAAGAUUUAAGUUUACCGAGAACUAAAUGUGUUAAGACGGGAACGAUUUCAGAGGAACUUUACAGUAAUUUACCAAAACCAAAUUACAACAAUAGCAAUUUAUUGAAAGCAAACGAGGAGGAUGGUGAAAAAUCUAAGAUACCAUCAACAUUACCUAGGAAAUCGCGAUUUUUACGACCGGAUUUUUAUGAUAAACCUAAAGAUGAUACAACGGUUAAAGACAAAGAAAAAAAAGAGCGUGAAAUGGAAACUCAAAAAGUUUUAAAAGAAAUUAGGGAUAAAAGAAAAAGUCGAUUAAAUUUAAAAAGGGAAAGAUCUUUAUCGAGAGAUACUUCAAAAAGUGAAAGUACAGAAGCAAGUGAAGAAAUUAAAAAUAAUAAUAAUAAUAAUAAAGAAAUUAAUGGUAACAAAGAAAUUAAUAUUAAAUAUAAACCAUACAUUGAAAAUGUUUAUGGUACAAUUCCAAAGUUAAAUAAUUCAAAAUUAAUAAAACCGAAAUCUUUAGAAAACGGGAAUUUAGAACUUAAUCAACCAGAAGAUACAAAUCGCAUAUUAAAUAAUGUUUCCGAUUCAAUUAAAACGAUUGAAACAAAUAUAAAUUCAAAUAAUGAUUAUGUUAACAUUUCACCAAUCGUUAAUGAAGAUGAAAAAAUUGCUACAAAAAAAGAAAUUAAAGUAUCAAAAUUAAUGCGGCCUAAAAGUUAUCCAACUGAUACUUUGAAAAAUGUAAAAACUGAAACGAAAAGUGACACGUUUAAAAAAGAUAUUGAAAAAAGUAAAAUUGCAAAACCGAAAAAAAAUGAAGUUAAAGAUGAAUUAAAUGAAAAAUUGGAAUUUAAAGAGAUGCAUGAAUUGAAAGAAAAACAAGAAUUAAAGGAAAAACAGGAAUUAAAAGAAAAGCAAGAGUUAAAGGAAAAGCAAGAAUUAAAGGAAAUAAAAAAUAAAAGUCCGCCAAAAAUAAAUGGUGAAAAAUCAAACAAAAAUCGUUUUUUGCAAUCAAUUGAAAAGAAAAUAGAAAAAUUACGUGGUUUAAAUAACGGAAAUGGAAGUCGUGAGAAUAGUGUAGAAAAAAAAAUGUUAAAAGAAGAAAAAGAAAAAAAAUCUCACAUAGAAACUGCAAUAAAAAAAUUACGUGAACAAAGUCUACCGAGAACGAUCGAUCAUUGUAUAACUGAAUCGGGAUUAAUAAAACGAGCUGUAAGCGUUGAAGAUGUACCAAAAUGUUCAACCGGAAGGAAACCGUUAGAACCAUCGAGAAAAUCUGUAACAAAAAUACUUGGUUUAUUUAAAAAAUACGAAGAAAAAGAUAAAUCAGGGAAAAGCAAAUUAAAAAAACCAAAAGAAGUUAGUAAAGCUGCUGAUUGUAAUAAAGAUAAAGAAAGCGAAGAGAGACCGAAAUCGUUUUACGAACCACCACCAUUAGGAAAAAUUGAUGAAGCUAAAACAAAAUCAUCAAAAUUACCAGUAAAUUCAUUUAGGCGUAGUUUAAAUUUAGAAAAUAAACCAAAAAAUAAACAAAUCGAAGAAAAUGGUAAUAUAAAUAACGAUUUAAAUUUUAAUAAUCACAAAUUAGAUCGUGCCAAUUUAAAAUUGGAUUUAUCGAAAACUAUAGAUAUUCCCGAUCAAAUUCCGAGUACGAGUUCUGAAAAUCGUAAUUCAACCGCUACGGAUGAUAGUUCAUUAUUUUUAUCACCGUGUGAUGAUAAUGUGAGUUGUUGUGAUUCGUGGUCGAUUUGUUCCGAUUAUCACACCCACGAUUUGACAUCGCCCAUUUCGAUUAACGGAAAUAUAUAUUCGGGCGAUGAAAGCGGCGAAUCCGUUAUUGAUCGGAUUCGAAGGAAAAGCUUUUACACACGAUUUAAUGAAAAGAAAAAAACUCCAUCGAGGAAACCGUCGAUUUCCGGAAGUUAUCGCGAUUUAGAUUUGUACAAAGAUUAUAAUAAUCAAAGAAAGAGUAGUUCUUACGUGAGGAGUCCCGGAGAUUAUAGUUCUUUGGAUCGUCGAUCAGUUGAUUAUCGAUUUCCUACUACUGAGAGAAGAUUGAGUUACGGUUCAUCGCAGGAUUCGUCUUCGUCGCCGGUUAAAAAAGAUUACAGACCGUACACGAGAAGUUCGUCGUUGUUUAACAACGAUUACGUUAAUGUUCCGCAUCGAUAUCAAACGUACAAUCCGAGAUUAACUAAACAUAUUUCAUCGUUGUAUUCCCCGGAUACCGAAGAUGAUGCGGUCGAUGAUUUAAUUUCAGCUGGAAAGACGAGAUUAAGCAGUUACCAUUAUCAACCAUCAAGACUGAACGGAAGGGCAUCAAGUAUUUCACCAUCAAUAGACAAGUUAUAAAAAAAGUAAAAUAAGAAAAAACGAUUUUUGUCAUUGUUAAAUCAUAAUCCUCGCAUAAGUCAUACAGUAUGCAAAAUCCGUAUUCGAACACCCACCGAAAAAUUACAUAAUCGCGAAUUACUCUAGAAUGGUAGUACAAAUUUAAACUAUUUUUGGUGAUUUAUUUCACUUAUUAUAGUGGAUGUCUUGGUUACCUAUACAGUUCAUAAAAUGGUUUAUAUUUGCAAAAAAUAAAAAAAUAAAGGUUUUAACUUAUGGAAUAUGGUAAUUCAGCCGAAAUCUUCGUUUUAUAGAUGGAAUAUUGACUGCGAAGGGGUGUAUACACAUUUUGAAAAAGAAAUAGAGCAAUGUGCAGAAAAAUGGGCAUGUUUACAAGAUUUUAUCUUUCAACAAGAUAAUGAUUCGAAGCAUAUCGCGCUAGAUCUAGACUUUGGAUCGUGUACAAUUGUUCAGAGCACCUCAAAAUACCGUCACAAAGCCCAGAUCUUAACCCUAUUAUCAAUAUUGAACUGCAGAGGUAACCAGCAUAUCCACUUUUGCUUUUACUCUUCUAAGUGAAAUAAAUCAAAAAAAAUAUUUGAAAUUUCUGCUAUCAUUCUUGAGUAAUUCGUGAUUUUCUAAUAUUUCGGAGAAUGUUCGAAUACGGAUUUUGCAUAUGGUAAAUAGAAGUUAAGAAAAUGUUGAAAAAGAUAAGUAAUAAAAUGAACUUAAAAGUAAUUAAAAGAAGAUAAAAUUUCGUCCUUGUUAAAGUUAGAUUUUAGUAAGAAAAAGAAAAUAGCUUUGAAGCAACAAAAGAAAAGUGUAUCUCUUUGAACUUUUAAUCAAACUCCGAUGAACAAAACUAGAGAAAAUUGAAAAUGACGACUUGUGAUAUGUUUUUCUUUUUAUUUUGGGACGAAUUCUUGCCUCGUUUUAAGUAUUGCUCAUAAAAAAAUGAUUUUCUAAAACGAAAAUGUCAAUUAUUUUUCAGUAACAAAGAUAAAACUUUAAAUUUAACUUUAAAGUGUUGAAAUAAAUAAUUACACGGUAAAUAGUAAGAGAAGUUACAAAAGUCUAGUCGAACUUAAUCAAAAAUUAAACUUAAAAGUUGCCGUCUGAUACGUUAUGGUUGUUUUUUUAAGUAGAACUAAGCGAAAAAGAAAAAAAUUAAUAGAUUUUUACAGGUUAAUAGAAGUAAUAAUUUUCAGCAUGUUAAAUGUUGUUUGCGUUUCCCUAUUUUUAUUAAUUAUUUUUUUCUUUCUUUGUUCAAGAUGUUUCAAUAAUUUUUAACGAAUUAUUUUUGACUCAAAUUAAUGAAUUUAUUGAGUUAUCUUGAAUUUUUUAUGUUCUCUCUAAAUAGAGAUUAGUUUGUUUGAGAAUUUAUUAUUAUUUAUUGACUUAUUUAUUUAUAAUUUCGGUUAUAUUAAUAAAAAGUAAUGUUUUCUCAUUA